AUGACAGAAAAUUGUGAAGAUGAUCAAAGUCAUGUGAUGUGUGUGUGUAAGCAAUCAAUAUCGAAACUAGAUUGGCAGGAUCAUCAAAUUGUAUGCGCAAAAAGAAGAUAUAUGUGUCCCGCAUUUGCUGCCUUUAUUAACUGUAACCCUGAUAAAGGUUUAUUACCACCAUUGGUUGAUUCAAAUUGUCCUCUUUCAUUAAAAGAAAUCGCAAAAUUACAAGUAUUGAAAAGUCGAACGGAAUGGUUGAAAUCGAAAACCACUCCCUUUAAAAUCAUAAACACUUUAACAAGAGAAUGUCCGAUAUUUGGAAGUAAACAAGAAUUAAUAAACCACAUCGAGAAAUCCUGUCCAUAUUGGAAAGUAAAAUGCUUAGAGGUACCUAAAGCGCAUUUUUGGAAUUCUCAUAGUGAUUGUUCAUUUGACAUGGAAUUUUCAAUCCAAGAAUUCAUAUCUCACUCCAAAGAGUCGGCACUUGAUCCAAUAAGUCAAAGAAUUCGAGUAAUUUCAAAGAUAUUUCCUUAUUAUUGUAAGAGAUGUGAUCACCACUUUCCAUCUUCGGGUUCUCAUAUAUGUAUUAAAGAAACCAAUUUUAUGAAUACACAAAAUCAAGAGGUAUUAUGUCCAAGUUGUAAAUCAAUAAUCUCUGUAAAUUCCUCCAAAGAAAUAGAAAAUACAUGUUAUGGUCUCAAAUUUUUACAAGAUAGAAAGAAAGAGAGAAAACGUUCGAACCAAGAAGUCAAACCGGAGUUACCUGCUUUUGAGUGGCAAGUAACCAGUGAUACAAGUUUUGAAGAUUGUUUGCCUUCAACUUCCUCCACAACUACGACAAUUAAUCCUUCCAACGAUGAAAUGUCCUGCAGUUCAGAUGUAAAUUGUAAAUCUUUGGUUAGAUCAUCAACGAAUGUUGAAUCUGGUAGAAUAAGAUUAAUACAAAUAAUUGGUGAUGAAGAAGCGAGAACAAAAUUUCGAAAUUAUUUAGUUUCACAAUAUUGUGAAGAAAAUUUAGAUUUUUACAUGGAUAUUGUAAAAUUUCACUCUCAUUUUAAUAGUGAAGGUUCUUUAAACCUUCCUGAAAUCAUUUCAUAUGCCAAUUAUAUAUGGAAUGAAUAUUUGGAUCCUGAAACUUCCACAAAACCUUUAAAUGUCCCUCAAGACCUUUUAAAUAAUUGUAAACAAAAAAUUUUAAAGUUGUUUACCAUCGAUUUAUUUGAUAAACUUCAACAACAUUGCUUUGAUUUAAUGUUACAAGAUUCGAAAUCUAUUUCCUCCGGCUCACUUCGUUCUAAAUUGAUCGCUUCAAUGAAAACUGUUGCUGAACUACCACAUACAUCUAGUCCAUUUGAUAUUUGUCACGUCACUCCUGUCACGCCCAACUCACCCAAUUCUCCUACCUACGCCUCCACCUCCCCCACUUCUCCUACCUCCACCUCUCCCACUUCUCCCACCUCCACCUCUACCUCUCGCACCUCACCUACCUCCACAUCUCCCACCUCGCCUACAUCACCUACCUCCACGUCACCCACGUCACCUACCUCCACAUCUCUCACAACUCCCAUAACUUCUACACCUCCUCUUUCGCCACAACAAUCGAUUGUAUUAACCCGUACUACAUCGACCAUAUCCACUUCGACAACAUCAUCAUUUACUUCUACGUCAACCACAUCAUCAAUUCCAACAACUUCUACAACAGUUUCUACUCCAUCGAGAACUGCAAGCGUUUCUAGUAACUCGGACGUUAUUUCAACAUCUGCGGAUAGCAGUAAUAGUAGUUCAACAGUUUCAACGGUAUCACCUACGACGGUAGUGAAUGUUCAACAAAAGAUGUCAAUGGCAUCAAUUGUGUCUAUAACAAGCAUUACAAAAAAAAUGUUAUCACGUCGACGUCGUAAUUCAACGAGUUCAAAUUCUAGCAAAUUUUCUGUGACAACUCUUUCAUCAGUUUUUUAUUUGAGCAGUAUGGAGAAAUUCAUGGGCAUGCCAGGUACAUACCCUUGUACUUCGGUACCCAAUAAUACCACAUUAAAUGAAACUGAUGAAAGCGAUGAUUUGCCUUCAUCUUCUAACCUUAGUAAUGAUGUAAGCACCUGGCAAAAACUUCGAAAAAAUAUUUCUACUCCUAAUUUAUCUCGUUCAAUUUUGAGAUCAAAUACAUUUAAAAGUUCCAACUUUUUUCAUACUUGA